CACCCCGGUCCACCCCAGACUCGUCUUGAACCCCCAUCGACUUCGCAUAAAGCGACACGAAAACCUCUCCCUCGAUCUGUACCAACCGUCUGAAUAGCCAUGUCUCGUCAAUUCUUUGUCGGCGGAAACUUCAAGAUGAAUCCUGCAACGCAGGAGCAAAAGCGGUCACUUGUGAAGGUUUUGAAUGAAGCAACGAUUGACCCCUCUGUUGAGGUCGUGCUUGCCCCUCCCGCGAUCUACUUGCUUACUCUGAAGGAAAUUCUCCGCAAAGAGAUCAAGAUCGCUGCUCAGAACUGCUACGUGAAAGCAUCUGGAGCAUUCACGGGAGAGAUCAGCCCUGCGCAACUUGUAGAUGCCGACAUUCCCUAUGUCGUCCUUGGUCACUCCGAGCGCCGCACACUCUUCCACGAGACAUCUGCGUUAGUUGCCCAGAAGACCCGCGUCGCCAUCGACACCGGACUCUCUGUCAUCCUCUGUGUCGGCGAGACGCUCGAGGAGCGGGAAGCGGGAAGGACCGCCCAGGUUGUGGAGGAGCAGCUCAAGCCUGUGAUCGAGUUGCUGACCCCGAAGGACUGGAGCAAGGUCGUGAUUGCGUACGAGCCCGUGUGGGCCAUUGGUACCGGCAAGGUCGCGACCUCUGCCCAGGCGCAAGAGGCACAUGCCAACAUCCGCAGUUUCCUGGGCAAGGCUGUCUCUGCCGCCGUUGCGGAGAGCACGCGGAUCAUCUACGGAGGCAGCGUCACGGCCUCGAACUGCAAAGAACUCGCCACCCAACCAGAUGUAGAUGGGUUCCUUGUCGGCGGGGCCUCUCUGAAGCCUGAGUUCGUCGACAUCAUCAAUGCAAAGAAGGCGUAAUCCCCGGUUCCGGUGGCCGCCGAGUGUGGAAGGUGGUCAUAGUGCUAUAUGUCCAAUAGAUCAAGGAAGAAGAGAAGCAUACAAAUGCGUAAUGUAUUCUGUACCUCGGAAGUUUAAACAUGAUGACAGCGCAUGAGCGUCGAGGUUUC